ACGCAGGUCCCUGUUCGUUCUCCGGGGCGGACUCAGCGGCGGAAGUGGCGGUGCUGGGAGUUUCCCUUCCGCUCAAGGGCGCUGCCGGGGCCGCGGAGCUGGAUUGCGGCUGGCGCAGGAAGAGCCAGGGCCGUGUUUGACAUGGAGCAGCCCUGCCGCUGAGGCCCUGUCCUCCCCACCUUGAGGUGGGGGCCCACCAGGAUGAGCAAACUGCCUGGGGAGCUGGCCCGCGACCUGGAGCGCAGCCUGCCAGCUGUGGCCUCCCUCGGCUCAUCGCUGUCCCACAGCCAGAGCUUCUCAUCGCACUUUCUCCCGCCACCCGAGAAGCGCCGGGCCAUCUCUGAUGUCCGCCGUACCUUCUGCCUCUUUGUCACUUUUGACCUGCUCUUUAUCUCCCUGCUGUGGAUCAUCGAACUGAACACCAACACAGGCAUCCAGAAGAACCUGGAGGAGGAGAUCAUCCACUACAACUUUAAAACCUCCUUCUUUGACAUCUUUGUCCUGGCCUUCUUCCGCUUCUCUGGACUGCUCCUGGGCUACGCUGUGCUGCGGCUCCGGCACUGGUGGGUGAUAGCGGUGACCACGCUGGUGUCCAGUGCGUUCCUCAUCGUCAAAGUCAUCCUCUCUGAGCUGCUCAGCAAAGGAGCAUUUGGCUACCUGCUCCCCAUCGUCUCCUUUGUCCUUGCUUGGUUGGAGACCUGGUUCCUUGACUUCAAAGUCCUACCCCAGGAGGCCGAGGAGGAGCGAUGGUAUCUCGCUGCCCAGGCUGCUGUCGCCCGCGGACCGCUUCUCUUCUCUGGUGCUCUGUCCGAGGGUCAAUUCUAUUCACCUCCAGAAUCCUUUGCAGGGUCUGACAAUGAAUCAGAUGAAGAAGUUACUGGGAAGAAAAGCUUCUCUCCUCAGGAGCGGGAGUACAUCCGCCAGGGGAAGGAGGCCAUGGCGGUGGUGGACCAGAUCUUGGCCCAGGAGGAGAACUGGAAGUUUGAGAAGAAUAACGAAUAUGGGGACACGGUGUAUACCAUCGAGGUUCCCUUUCAUGGCAAGACGUUCAUCCUGAAGAUCUUUCUGCCCUGCCCUGCGGAGCUGGUGUACCAGGAGGUGAUCCUGCAGCCUGAGAGGAUGGUGCUGUGGAACAAGACGGUGACCGCCUGCCAGAUCCUGCAGCGAGUGGAAGACAACACCCUCAUCUCCUACGAUGUGUCUUCAGGGGCUGCUGGUGGUGUGGUCUCCCCAAGGGACUUCGUGAACGCCCGACGCAUUGAGCGGCGCAGAGACCGAUACCUGUCAUCCGGCAUUGCCACCACCCACUGCGCCAAGCCCCCGACACACAAAUAUGUCAGGGGAGAGAAUGGUCCUGGUGGCUUCGUCGUGCUCAAGUCAGCCAGUAACCCCCGAGUGUGCACCUUCAUCUGGAUCCUCAAUACAGAUCUCAAGGGCCGCCUGCCCCGGUACCUCAUCCACCAGAGCCUCGCAGCCACCAUGUUUGAAUUUGCCUUUCACCUGCGGCAGCGCAUCCGGGAGCUGGGGGCCCGGGCAUAACCAUGCCCUCUCGCCCACCCUGCGGGCCAGGGUCCUGCCACCACAGCCUCCACAGCCAGAAAGGGAGCCGGCCGGGCUUCCCCAUACCCACGGAGGCUCUGGCCUCAUGAAGUGGGAGGAGGAAGGCCCCUCCCAUGGCAGCACCUUGGCCCCAAGCUACCCCUCACCCAAGCCUCCCUGUGCCCGGGAGCCCUGUCGUGAACAGGGCCUGGGCCUGAGCAUUUGGACUCUGCUGGCUGAGGGACGUGGGUUCUGUCCUGCUGAUGUUUACAUGGCAUCCCUGCCUCCUGGGGGAGAAGAUCCAUUGUCCCCACCCUUGCCAGGGGCAGGGUCUGGGCUGGGAGCCUCAGACGUGGUAGCGGGGAGGGCAGGGCCCUGGGCAGGACCAAGGCCAGGACAACCUGGGCUCUCGUGUCACGGUUUUUUAGGAUUAUUUAAAGGGUCUGGGACCCUUUUCCACAUGCACUUGUGGGGAAGCAGCGGAGGUAGGGGUGCUGCAAGUGAAUCUCUGCCUCUGCUUGAUUCUCCCCCUCCUCCAGGGCUUCCUCUUUGUAAUUUGAGCCAAUGAAAAACCUGAACCCAAAA